AACCUCCCAAAAUUGAGGAUUUCAACAUGCGAUAUGGUAGCCCACAUUCGGAACCAACCCAAACGUUUCAACCUCCCAAAAUUGAGGAUUUCGAUCAAACCACAUUCGGAUCCAACCCAAUCGUUUGAACCCCCAAAAUUUCAGAUUCCGAGCACAUACCACUAAUUUUGUGCGUUUGUCGAUUGGGUUUUCAUCAGAGCAACGUUUUUGUCGAUUGGGUUUUCAUCGGAGCAACGUUUUUGUCAUACUCAUUUGGGGAUUUUGUCAAACAGUUUAGCUUCGGCGUGGUUAAAGUUCAUCGGAGUAGAUUCUGUCAAAAAAACUCAUUUUUGUCAUUUUCAUCGGAGUAGUGGUCUCUAUCUUCAGCGUUGUUGAAGUUUGUCCACAUUCCACGUUACGGCAAGGCAUGUAUUCCAAUCGACGUGAGCGGCGCCAUACGUCCAACCUAGUUGUGGCAACCCAGUAGGUGUGGUUAAUUUUUAUUUGUGUGGCAAGUGUUGUGUGAAUGGUUUGUGUAGAUGGUUGGGGGUUGUGUGGUGUGGGGGUAAUGGGUGUGGGAUGGUUAAUGUUGUUGAUGUGGUUGAUGUGGUGUUUCUGUUUUGUUACCAAACACGUUACAUACAAUACAUGAGUAAAAAAAUAAUAAAAUCCACACGCCAACAAUGCACGAGAUUUGCUGGUAAAUAUUACCAUACAAAUAGGAUUAGUGAGAGUAUUAAAAAAAAAAGGGAUCUCUCAAUCCAAAAGUCUCCCAAAUGAGAUUUCCUGAUAAUUUUCCCAUAAAUGGUAAACAAUUUAAAUUAUUAUAAUGAGUUAUAGAAUUAUAAACGGUUAAAAUUAUGGAGAUAGAAGUAUACAAAGGGAGACAAGCCCAUCCAUUUUGUUUCCCGCGUGAAGAUUGAAGUGUUUCGUGCGUUCAAAAAAAUCACAAUAUUGGAAUCAAAUGGAGGACGAAGAACACGAACCCUGGGAAGAAUCGCUAGACGUAGACGACUCUGAUCUUCCCUCUCUCCUCCGCCUCCGCCCUUGCAAACGCCGCCACCAAACCGCCACCACCAACCACCACCGCAAUCCCAAUACCUCACCACCAUCACAUCACUCAAUUCUCCAACCCAACUUCUCUGAAACCCUACUCACUCCAAAUUCUCAACUACACUCACAAGCCCAAUUAGACCCUCCGCCACCGCCUAAACCCUCCCGCUCUCCCCGGCUCAUUCCGGGCCCCGCCGGUGCCGUUCUCUCCGCCAUGGUCCUCCGCAAUCGAAACCCUCUCUCCGACGAGUCUCCUAUCCCUACUACCCAGGAAUAUAUCAGGAGGGCCGUGGAAGAUGGAGAAGAGGACGAUGAUUUCAAGCGCAACCCUUGGGUUUUUGCACUUCAAUUUCUGGAUCGCCAAGGAAUGGUGGAUGGUUGGCCUCCUAGUACACCUUUGAGCUCUAUCAAGAAAUGCCUAAACAUUGACCGUGUUGAUCUGGUUGUUGCAGUCAUUAAAUCAUCCACACCAAAUGGUUUUGGUGAUCUGAUGGUGGCUUUGAAGGACCCUACAGGAUCAAUUUGUGCUAACAUUCAUCGCAAAGUUAUCGCUGAGGUUGAGUUUGGAAGGGAGAUCUCUGUUGGCUCUGUCUUGAUACUUCAGAAGGUUGCUGUUUUUACCCCUUCGCGAUCAGCACAUUAUCUCAACGUAACACCAAGUAAUGUGGUCAAGAUAAUUUCUAAGGACAGUGGACCUCGGCUACAGCAAAAUUAUCCUGUAUCUGCAAUCAAACCUGCUGUUCUUGUUAAUGAAUGCAGUAGGGAACUGGGUAACAAGCAAAAGACCUCGCCUUUGGAGGUUUGUAGCAGCAGCACAAAUAGAAGAGACCAAAAUGAUAUGGUAGAGAUUGAGCCCUUGGAGAGACAAGAUGCAGAAAAAGAAAUCAUCAACUCAAUCGGCAUAGAGACAGUUGAUGCAGACCAACUGGGUUCGAAGGAUGCAAACACAUUGCAAAAUGGAGGGUUUUCACCGAGCAGACUCGAACACAAUAGUAUGGAAGCUAAGUUGAUUGAGAAACAGAAUGAUCAAGAAAUUAAUGGAGGUGAGAAGCAAAGACAGCAACUAAUGUCAAGAGCCUCACUUCCAGAAUGGACAGAUGAACAGCUAAAUGAACUUUUUGCUGCUGACUCUCUGGAGGAAGGCUCUCUAUUCUGAUAUGAAGCUUUUUCACAGUUGUCAAAAUAAAUAAAUAAAAUGUAUAAGUUGGUUAUUUUUCACUUUUUGCUAAAAAUAGUCCUCCUGAGGGGAACAUGUAUAGAUGCUUAAAAAGCGUUUUUGUAGCCUUCUGCCACCCUUCAAACCUAUCAUGAAAUACAAGACAAUUCGUAGAAAGAUACGAUAUUCACUAA